CGUCAAGAUAUUGUUUGGACGGCGUGUGGCAUAACUAUUCCAAUUACUCGAACUGCACAGAGAGGAUAGCCAACAUAUCGCCGACAGAUGUAACCAGCCUCAUAUACCUAGCCGGCUACUCGCUCAGUCUAGCCAUGCUGUCUCUCGCUGUGUUUGUUUUCCUUUAUUUCAAAGAUCUCAGGUGUCUUCGGAAUACAAUACACACAAAUCUAAUGACGACGUACAUAUUGUCAGCUUGUAGUUGGAUGUUAAAUUUAGCAUUACAGAACUGGUCUGAUGAAGCCAACCAGGACCAAACGUCGUGCAUGAUACUCGUCAUAUGCAUGCACUAUUUCUAUCUUACGAAUUUCUUCUGGAUGUUAGUUGAAGGUCUCUAUCUUUACAUGUUAGUUGUAGAAACGUUCACCGCAGAGAACAUAAAACUGAAAGUCUACGCUACUAUCGGAUGGGGUGCUCCAGCCAUAUUUAUCACAAUAUGGGUCAUUUGCCGAUGUUUUGUCUCAGUGGUGCCAACAACCGAUCCAGACGGGUUGACGAUAACCGGGGAGGCUAAAAUGUGCCAAUGGAUUCACGAACAUCUAGUGGAUUGGAUCCACAAGGCGCCAGCGCUUGUUGGACUUGCCCUAAAUCUAUUUUUCCUCAUUAGGAUAAUGUGGGUUCUCAUAACAAAACUUCGGUCAGCGAACACACUAGAAACGGAGCAGUAUAGGAAAGCAACAAAAGCGCUGCUGGUUCUCAUCCCACUGCUGGGCAUCACCAAUCUGCUGGUGCUGUGUGGACCGAAUGAUGACUCGUGGUUCGCGCAUGCUUUUGACUACAUACGCGCUCUAAUGCUAUCUACGCAGGGCUUCACCGUUGCUCUGUUCUAUUGCUUCAUGAAUACAGAAGUACGACAUGCGAUUAGAUACCACGUGGAGAGGUGGAAAACUGGUCGUACAAUCGGUGGUGGAAGACGGAGAGGUGCUUCAUAUUCCAAGGACUGGUCUCCGAGAUCCAGGACUGAGAGUAUCCGGCUCACGGUAUGAAGAUUCAUGGACACCGUCCCGGUAACUCCGCCGGUGCUAACGAAAACAGGCUUUAUUGCAUUUACGAAGAGAAUUAAACACAAUGGACUUUAUAAAUAAUGUGGAUUUGGAGGAAAUUUUCUACUUAUUCCUUUUUACUUUGUUAUAUUUUACAUUUCUUUACAAUAAAUCAAUGUUUUAAAUCUGCUUUA